CACCGACAGUAUUGCCAACUUUCAAUUCUCUCCGGAAUUUCAUUUCCACGACUACUUCAACCACAACUCCCUCCAUCCUUGGGCAUACGGCGAGUGAAAAUAACCUCUAGUUGACUUGCCGUAUCCCGACAAGAAAAUAAUAGCAUUUUUCUCAUCUCUUGGUGAAUGAGGAGCCCCAGAAAUGAAAAUACUAAACAAAAUGCAGCAGGCUCUACCAUGAUUAGUUCAGUCGUAGCAAGCACGGUGCAAUGAGCAUCCAGAGCCAACGUUGCAACAUGUCCCAAACCACAAGAGCCUAAACCAUUUUGGCAUUAUUUAGCAACGUCAUCGCCAUUUUGCCCAACCCCAAGAGCCAAAGCUACCUCCCCCGCUUCUACCUUCUUAUAGUCCCCUCCUCUGUUCCGUCACACCGCCUUCCCCCUUCCUCUCUGGCAUUUCUUUGCUUUCUUCUCCAUCUUUGCCUCAUAUCUCAUUUGCGAUUCUUUUGCUCGGAGAAAUUUUGGAACUUGCGAUCUUUUCUUGCCGAUCUUUUCUUCAAAAGCGCGGUCUCAUUAGGUUUUUGUGGUUUAUGCACACCAUUGGCAGUUACUCUCUGCUGUUCGGGCUGUCCAGAACCAUCUCGCCGGCACACAAGCCAUGUCCACGCUCGGGUUCGGCAGCCUUAGCCCGUCGGCCGCGCCGCCGGCGCCGGCGGUGGAGGAUACGAGCAGACACUGGGCUCCGCACGGCGCGGCGCUGACGGCCUUCGUCGUGGGCGUCAACGUGCUCGUGAUCGCCCUCAUCUUCUUUUUCUUCUGCCGGUUCUUCUCCGGGAAAGGUGAGGACGAUUCCGCAUCAGACGGCGCCGAGGACGGCGACGGCGACGGCUCGCUGCCCGUGGCCUCCCCGUGGGCGUCCCGCCGCCGGCGCCGGCGCGAGGCCCCCCGCGCCGCGCGGCCCCUGGAGGACGUGGCGUCGGCCCUGCCCGUGUACGUGUACUCCAGCAGCGCCGACGACGCCGACGGGGGAGGGAAGUCGAAGGCCCCCGAGUGCGCGGUGUGCAUCGUGGAGCUCCGCGACGGCGACUCCGCCCGCCGCCUCCCGCGGUGCGGGCACCGGUUCCACGCCGACUGCGUCGGCUCGUGGCUGCGGUUCCACGCCACGUGCCCGCUCUGCCGCGCCAGCGUCGUGCCUCCCGCGGCCGGCGGCGAGGCCACCACGAACGCCAAGGACGACUACGCCGGCGGCGGCGCGGACUGUCCCGUGUGAGGCGCGGCGCUCCGGCUCCGCGCUCCGAGCGACGCCGAGGCGAGGUCAGAUCGAGCUCGAGCGAGCAAGCGGCGCACGUAAACGGCGGAUGGGGACAGCAUCUUUCGGCGUCGGCGUCCUUGUCUGUAGCAGCUUGCUGCUGAGUGCAUGACGGCCAGCUGGGAAAGGUUGGUGAGCCGAUCUGUUCUUCUCGUCCUGCUGUGUGAUGAAUUGUCAGGUAUAUUUUUGCAUGGUCUUGGGAUUAGAUACAUCGAGUCAUAUAAAUAUCUUGUGAUCGAUUGGAGUCUUCUUCACUUAAGAACGAGAGGUGGUAAUGGGCAUUGCGAUGAUGUAUUAUGUAGUAAUGUUUGUGAGCAUCUGCGUUCGUACUGUAUUUCACAACAAAUAAAAUGUAUUGUCUGUAUAGUUAGUUAGUUGGAUCUUGUGAGAUGAUAUACAUGGUGGAUAAAUUUUAAGUUUCUAA